AUGACUUCGACCGCACCCACUGCCGAUGACCUCGACGGCUUCCAGUCCAUGACCGGUGUUGAGGAGAGUGCAGAGCCCACGACGUCAACGCCCACCCGCGACGACCCCACGACAAACAUGGCCAGAGACACGUCUGCACCGCCCAUGCGCCAACAUCCGCUGGCCGGGCAGCGUCCUUUCAACGUGGCCAGCUCGCCAUCGCCGCUGUCGUCGCGAGAGGCCUCUCCAGCUCGCCCGCACCAGCGCAAUUCCACCCCGUCAGGCGCCAGUGUGAGACCUGGCUUCCGUUCACGCAAGAGCAGCGCCGAUGCCAGCCCCAGUCGAGGUUCCAGCAGCUUGUCCAACUCGACGACGGCCCCGGGCCAUGCCUCGCCGACGGUGCAGCGUGCUCUGUCGUCGACCAGCAUACCUGAACUCACUCCUACAUCAUCGACCGACACUGUACGAGCCCCGCGCCCUUCCAAGCCAUCGUCAAAGUCCAAUUCGGGCGAGACGACACCCCAUUGGCCCCUCUCGCCGCGCCUCAAAUCACCACCGCCGGGCGAUGACGGCCGCUCACGUUCGCGCACAAACUCGCUCCGUGCCCAAAUCAAGAAGCCAGAAGCCCAGUCUACGCCCUCGAUCGUCGUCCAGAGCUCAUCGCCAGCCUCGGUCUCCCGCUUCCCAGUGAGAGAAGAGGCGCCCGCGAGCGACCCCGACGAGCCUCAGCCACAGCACCCAACCAAAGCACCCUCUCGGAGUUCCGGCGGCGUGGCUCCUAAGCUCGCAACGGUGCAAGAAUCUAGCUUGCCUGCCACACCCGGAUUUGACGGUCUAGAGCCGCAAAGCCAAUUUCCGUUGCCAUCCGCAAACUUUGUUAACCUCGCUAUUAGCUUUGUUCCCUCAGCGACUGCCCACAAAUUCGAUCAGGACCGAAAUGACGUCAAUUCGUCCAAAGUCACCGAAGACCUCAGCACCAAGCACGACAGCACCAAGCACGACAGCACCAAGCACGACAGCACCAAGCACACGGAGAGUGGUAGCGACAGCGCGACCAAAAGCGCCAAGAAAGGCAAGAUGCAGGAGCAUCGUUCCACCUAUACUCAUCGGCCACACACCGUCUCCUCGAAGCCCUCCCUCUCCUCAAUGUCGACACGAUCGCGAGACCCGCCCCUCCGCAAUAUGACGGUCGAAACCGAGACCGUGCCCUCAGUCGCACAACCAUCCAUUGUGAACCAGGACAGGUCCGCAUCUGGUCGCGUAGAUGGCGGCGUAAGGCUAAAGGCCAGCAACGAAACAAUUCGACCUAAGAAGGAAAGGAGAGCACCCAAACGGAAGGCCGCAUCCAUCAAUGCAGGCACUGGUAGGUUGCAACAGAUUUCUUACCACUACUAUUCCCCGAGCCGGCCGGAAUCCGGCUCUCGCUCCAGCAUAAAUCCGUGGUUCGGUAGCCCCGUCUCAUACCGUUCGUAUGACGACCGGCGGUCAUUGUUGACCAUGUCACCCCCGAGUCCAGAGCCACGCAUGGCUCCUCUCCGCCCUCCCCAUCUCAAAUAUUUUUAUUCCAGCACUAACACAAGUUUUCGCACAGCUUCAUCCAAAGCAGAUGUAUUCGAACAAAAGGUGGCCAGCGCCGUCGACGAGGCCGACUCCUCUGACUCCGAUGCCACCUUCAUUUACGAAUCGAAUCCUCCCGAGCAGCCGCACCGAAGCCGCCAACAUCACUCGCGAACGCCAAGCAUGACGUCACUAGCCAGUCUCACGGACCCACGACUCCAGAUCCGCGAUACGCACAAGCACCCAAGCAAGAAGAGCAGCAUAAAGUUUACGAACCCGUACAACAAUCCGAGCAUUGAUGGCGACGACCGAGGCGAGGGCACCAUGCGGAUAGGCUCUGGACGAGCGGGUGGAGGUAGCCACCAUCACCACAUUGGAAGGCAUGGCCAGGGUCGUGGCGCCCUAAGCCACCUUGCCAUGGACAGCGACACAUCCGUACCACAAUCUUCGCGCGCACGUGGCCCAUCUUCGAGACAUGCGUCGCAACCCAACAGCCCUCGCUUCCAUACUUUCAAUGUUGGGAACGGUCAUAGCAACGGCAGCAAGAAAAGUGGGGAAUAUUCUGCAGCGUACGAUAUUGACGCCGAGAACAUUGCCGAUGAUGAGCGCACGCCGCUGAUCCAGUCCGGGCGAAGUCCACGUUCAGCCCGAACAUCCCGCCAGCGAAAUACCAUCACUAUACGCCAACUAGAGCGCAGGCAUCACCGCGACGGCGGAUGGUGUCGCCGGUUCGCUGGCUGCCUCGUCCUUACGAUUCUGCUGCUCGUCGUUGUAUUCUGCGCCAUUGGACUCGUCUUUGCUACCACGAAGCCUCUCACUAGUCUCGUGGUGCGAGAUAUUCAGAAUGUUGUAGCGAGUCAAGAGGAAGUUAUGUUGGAUCUCAUAGUCAACGCGGUCAACCCUAACAUCAUUGGCGUUACUGUAUCUGACAUGGACAUUUCCCUGUUUGCUAAGAGCAAGCACGUCGGGUCGGAUACUUGGUGGCGCGAGCACGGAAACGGUCCACAUGACGACGUAGAACAUUGGACACCGAUCAAAGAAGAAGCAACUGCGGAGAUCUCGAUUACCGGUGUAGACGAAGGGACCGAUCCUAUCGAAGGCGAACCUCGUACCAUGCUGCUAGGCCGCAUUGCCCACUUCGACUCACCGCUAAACUUUGAAGGUUCCUUUUUCCAGCGGAAACGCGCCGAAUCUAUUGGCGAGCUCCGACUUUCGCAUCCCGGAAACAAAACGGAAGCCGGAGGCAGCGAGCGAUGGGAGGAGGUUCUGCAAUAUCCUUUCGAGUUGAUUGUGAGAGGCAACUUUAAGUACACGCUGCCUCUCAGCACGCAGGAGUUCAAAGUCCCUGUCACGGCAUCCCAUUACUACGAUCCGGACAUCGAGCGCAAGAAGAAGCUCGAAAUUUCAGAGAACAAUGAAAAGAGGAGGAAUGUAUUACCUGUAUCAACAAAACCAUGGGGACGUUAUGACCGCAGAGCCCUGCCGUUCUGGAGUCUCCGAUAG